AUGGCUGAUUAAGAAAAAUCUGCUUAAGAUGCAUAGAAUGCAGCACCAUAAGAGACUGCAUUUGUAGGAAUGAAUGGUGAAGAAACUGGACUUGGAUUUGCAACUCGUGAUUAAGGAGCGAAGGUUGAAGAAGAUUAGGGUCUUUUAGAUUUUGACAUUUUGACUAAUGAUGGUACUCAUAGAAACAUGAAACUGCUUAUAGAUUUAAAGAAUAUUUUCUCUCGUUAGUUGCCAAAAAUGCCUAAAGAAUAUAUUGUUAAAUUAGUAUUUGAUAGACAUCAUGAAUCGAUGGUGAUAUUAAAGAAUAAAUAAAAAGUUAUUGGUGGUAUCUGCUUUCGUUAAUAUAAGCCUUAAAGAUUUGCAGAAGUAGCUUUCCUUGCUGUCACUGCAAAUGAAUAGGUUAGAGGGUAUGGCACAAGAUUGAUGAAUAAAUUUAAAGAUCAUAUGUAAAAAUAGAAUAUUGAAUAUCUUCUCACUUAUGCUGAUAACUUUGCUAUUGGAUACUUUAAGAAAUAAGGUUUUACAAAAGAACAUAGAAUGCCAUAAGAAAAAUGGAAGGGAUAUAUUAAAGAUUAUGAUGGCGGUACUCUUAUGGAGUGCUACAUUCACCCAUAUGUUGAUUACGGAAAUAUAUCUCAGAUCAUCAAAAGAUAAAAAGAGCUUUUGAUAGAAAGAAUCAAGAAAUUAUCAUUAAAUGAAAAAGUAUUCUCUGGUAAAGAGUAUGCUGCAUUAAUAUAAAAUUCUAUGGAUAAUGAGGAUCCUGAAAACCCUAAAGUGAAUCCUUCAGAUAUUCCUGGAGUUGCAUUUAGUGGUUGGGAGUGGAAAGACUACCAUGAACUCAAGAAAUCAAAAGAGAGAUCAUUCAAUCUUUAGUGUGCUAAUGUUAUUGAAAAUAUGAAGAGACACAAACAAUCUUGGCCCUUCUUAGAUCCUGUUAAUAAAGAUGAUGUUCCAGAUUAUUAUGAUGUGAUUACUGAUCCUAUAGAUAUUAAAGCAAUAGAAAAGAAGUUAUAAAAUAAUCAAUAUGUUGACAAAGACUAAUUUAUCAAAGACGUCAAAAGAAUUUUUACUAAUGCUAAAAUUUAUAACUAGCCCGAUACUAUAUAUUAUAAAGCUGCUAAAGAAUUAGAAGAUUUUGUUGAACCUUAUCUUACUAAACUUAAAGAUACUAAAGAAAGUAAUACUCCAUCUAAUAAUAAUUCUGCACAUGGAAGUAAGAAACCACUUCCUGUUAGAAAAAGUAUAAAAAAGAAAUGA